AUGCCUCAAGUGAGCGCGUCUUGGUUCAUAGAUCAUUUACUGGUAUGUAAAUUCUCAGACGCAGUGCUCAACCCCUUGGAAUUCCUUAUCCUCAAUUUCCCCACGCAAUGGGGGAAGGCUACCGCGUUUGGUCUGAUCCUUGCUGCUCUUGUGCAACUCGUCCUAUGCCUCGAUCCUCCUGCUCAAUUGGACGACCCAAUAGGAGGCAGUCAACCGACGACACGCCCGCAUCGUGCAUCGAAAGUUGUGAUGCUGCGGACUAUCUACACUAGCGUUGAAUAUGGCCACGCAUCCCACUGCGGGACCGGGCUCGUGGGCACGCUGACGAUUACCCGCAUCGAACUCUAA